AGCACAGAAGGCAGGCUUGUCGAAAUAUGGGUGGAAAAAUCCGGCGGCGCUAAUUCAGUGUUCUCAGUUUGUAGUGUUUAUUUGGUCUUAAAAACAAACGAAACGCAAUGGCGAACAUUAAACGGGAGAGGGAUAUCGAUAAUGAAGAAGAGGAAGAGGUGCGAGUGAAAGUUCCCAGAUCUCAUGACACUGAAGACAAAAGAAGCAGACACUGUCCCUACCUUGACACGAUCAACAGAAGUGUCUUGGACUUUGACUUUGAGAAACUGUGCUCAAUCUCUCUCUCACACAUUAACGUCUAUGCCUGUCUUAUUUGUGGAAAAUAUUUUCAAGGGAGAGGGUUAAAGUCUCAUGCCUACACACACAGUGUUCAAUUUACACAUCAUGUCUUCUUGAAUCUUCACACCCUUAAAUUCUACUGUCUCCCGGAUAACUAUGAGAUCAUUGACUCAUCUCUUGAGGACAUCACUUAUGUGCUGAAGCCAACUUUCACCAAACAGCACAUUGCUAAUUUAGAAAAGCAGGGGAAACUGUACAGGGCGUACGAUGGCACAACCUACCUGCCUGGUAUUGUGGGCCUCAACAACAUCAAGGCCAAUGACUAUGCCAACGUAGUUCUACAGGCUCUGUGCAACGUGCCCCCACUUCGUAAUUACUUCUUGGAAGAGGAGAACUAUCGUGGGAUUCGUCGGCCUCCUGGCGACAUCAUGUUCUUGCUGGUGCAGCGGUUUGGUGAGCUAAUGCGUAAGCUCUGGAACCCGCGCAACUUUAAGGCCCAUGUCUCACCACAUGAAAUGCUGCAGGCUGUAGUGCUUUGCAGUAAGAAGACCUUUCAGAUCACCAAACAAGGGGAUGCUGUGGACUUUCUUUCUUGGUUCCUAAAUGCACUGCAUGGAGCUCUGGGUGGAACCAAGAAAAAACCAUCUAUUGUCACAAAAGUCUUCCAGGGGACCAUGCGUAUCUUCUCAAAGAAACUUCCUCAUCCUGAUUUGCCUGCCGAGGAGAAAGAGGCGCUGCUGCAGAAGGAGGAUUAUCAAGAGGAGAUGCUGGAGUCCAGCUUUCUGUACCUUACCCUUGACCUACCCACAGCCCCACUGUACAAAGAUGAGAAAGAGCAGCUGAUCAUCCCUCAGGUUCCGCUCUUCAACAUUCUGGCAAAGUUCAAUGGCAUCACUGAAAAGGAGUACAAAACUUACAAAGAAAACUUCCUAAAAAGGUUCCAGUUAACCAGACUUCCUCCAUACCUUAUCUUCUACAUCAAGCGAUUCACCAAGAAUAACUUUUUCGUUGAAAAGAAUCCCACGAUUGUCAAUUUCCCCAUCACUAACGUCGACCUGCGUGAGUAUCUAACAGAAGAGGCCCAGGCUACUGAGAAGAACACAACCUAUGACUUGGUAGCCAACAUUGUGCACGAUGGGAAGCCAUCAGAGGGAUCAUACAGGAUUCACGUCUUACAUCACGGCACAGGGAAGUGGUACGAGCUCCAAGACCUGCAGGUAACUGAUAUCCUGCCUCAGAUGAUCACACUAUCAGAAGCCUACAUACAGAUCUGGAAGAGACAGGAUGUAGAUGAUGAUGGAAAAAGCCACACAGGAGCUUGAUCAUAGACUUUUAAAGACACGAUGGCAAACCAGAACUGGACCAUGUUUUCACUUCACUCUUCAGUAACAUAAAUAUUAAUUCUUGCCCCCAAUUCAAUUUUAUUUCUGUGUAAGUGUGGUGCAGGUUUGUUAAAUUUGUUGAUUAAACAUUUUAAUAAUAUACAUAAAGUCUAUUGCUAUAAUUUCCAUUCUGGUCAAGAAGGCAAUAUGAGGAGAAAACGCUUUGUCUAAGGUGUAGCAUAUACAUUUUAAGGUAAAUCCUCCAACAAGUUCACCAGAUUAUGCAAAUAAAUACCGGCCACAAAUAGUUUCUCCACACCAAAGAAAAGUCACCACCCCUAACAGCCUACUUGGGGGGUUUUGUUCCUCAAUAUACACAAAUUAAACUACUGGUGAUUCACACAUAAGAGGAGAACAAGCAGUAGGACAAAAUGUAGCUGCACAGGGGAGGGUCUAUAUUUAUAUUAGAUAUUUUUACAUAUAAUACAAUCACUUUUUUACUUUUGUCCUUUUUGGAGAAAUAACACGUGUUUUUGGACCACAAAAAUUUGCAGUAGAUUUGUUUUAAUCUAAAGAAACCGAUUCUUCAAGAGCAACAUACUGUGUUAAUCUCAAAUAUGGCUUAAAUUUCUGUAUUUAAAAUUACAUUAUGAUGAUGAAAAGCCAUAUGUCAGUGAAUGUGGCCAAAG